UAAUUAAUUGUAUUAUUAUUACAUAUCAUCUAAAAAACAAAAACACAUAAUGUUUUCAUCAAAUAAAUCACUGUUUAGUUUAUCGCAAAAUAAACGACUGUUAGGUUUGUUACUUCCAUCGGCACUAUUGUUGGGGACAGUUAGCCGCCGGCACAACCAUUUCAGUCAUCGAUGGCAACCAUUGAUAGACAGGCCGUUGAGACGACAAUAUUGUCAGCAACGAUGUCCGUUACGAUCGGUACACAUGUUUGACGAAAUUGACGACAACACCACCAAAAACAAGGAUAUCAUGGAUCUGGUAUUCAUCAAAAACAAGUGCUUAAAAUCAGUGAUCAUACCGUACAGUGUGUCGUUAGCCGAUAGCCGUAAGACACUGUCAAACGGUACGGGUAUUGUAGUGGACAUUAGCAGUCAUCUAUGUAUAACCAAUGCUCAUGUGGUUAAAGGUUGUACACUGAGUCUGGUCUGGAUUAACAUCCAAGGAAAUCAAGUGUUUGAAGUGUACGGCGAUUGUAUCUAUGUUGAACAGCAUCUGGAUCUGGCACUCGUACGGCUCCGGGAUAUACAGGAAUCAAGGAGUAAUCUAGAAAAAUUGUAUGUCUAUCACGAUUGGGAACCCCAGCUGGGCCAACCGGUAGCCAGUUUCGGUAACGGCAAUACAUUGAAUAUGAUCGGCGAUGGUAUAGUGGUCAGACAUAUGGUCUAUCCGAAUGAUAUUGACGGCGAUUCAUAUACGGUUAGUCUGACCUAUGUUAGUACAGCCGAUAGUACACCGACUAGUUUUCAUACGGCUAGUAGUAGUCACGGGUUUUCCGGCGGUCCCGUUAUCGAUACCGAGGGUGAUGUUGUGGGUAUACUGUGGGGAUCGACCGGCAAGGAUGAGGGACCCUAUUGUUUCAUUUAUAAUAAGCGCGUGUAUGAGUUUAUCAAAAGAUCUAAAACCUAUAUACAAACAAAGUUGCCGUCAGUACUGAGGGACAGACACCUGAAAUGGUCGCCACUGUUGAAAGGUGGUGGCGGCGGCUACGGUGGCCGAUCGGGUGGACGAAAGUUAGGGCUGAUCUAUGCUGAAGACGAUAUCGGUAUGACAACGAUUCUCGGGUUUCUACCCGAAAGCGAUGUCUAUUAUGGCGGUAAUUCAAUUAUUUGUCGCCUAUUGCCGGGUAUUCAGUGUAUAAAACCGGACAUCAAUCUAGAGGAACUAAUUGAUGAAACAAUAGUAGCCAUUAAUGGCCAACAGUUUGAUGAAAUACGACAGUUGAUCGAUGCGGUCGACAAUAUCGGCACCGAUGAUGGAGAGUCGGACAGUAGUAGUCGUAAAAAGAUGACAUUAACCGUAAGCGGUGUACACAACGCUAUGGACAUUGAAAUGACGGCCAAUCUUACCAUCGAUGAUAUGCCGAUUGAAUUUUAAAAAGAAAGAAAGAG